AUUUCAACAAUUUAUCCGCGGUUUUAUUGCACUGUUUUCGGGCAAUGGUAAAGGUUAGAGACAAUCCAGAGCCGGUCUCUGUGAAUGCUGGAGAUAAUUUGAAAAAAUUGAUGGCGAAAGAUUAUGUGAGACCAUCGAAGCAGUCAAUUUUCUUGCCAUAUUUUGAAGAACUUGAAUCAGAAGUUGACACAAACUUCGAUGACAUUGUCAAUGGCAUGAUGGCUGGAUUUUUGACUGAGAAUACGAUUGAAAUUGAACAAUACAGAGAAAUGUUCCAAACUCACAUUCGACAGUUUGGACUUCGAAUGUCUAGAGAAAAAUUUCUGAAUCUCGUUCGAUUAUUUUACGAAGUAUUGAUUAAAGAACAUCAACAUCACGAUAUGAUUAGAAGUGCUUGUGGUGCAUUUGUUGAAAUGAUGAAUCUUGUGAAACCAGGAACGUUUGGAUGGAGGGACCUUACAUUGAAUUGGUGUCCACUUUAUCAACUUUACAAUCAAGUAGUUCAUAAUAAGAUUAAGCCGGAUAUAGCUCUUUAUUGUAAUCAAUCAAUCAAUUAUUUUGCCAUGUUCUAUGAUCCAUCAGAACAUCAAGCAAUAUGGGAAAAGCUUAUACAAGAAAUUUCAAUUGGAAAUCAGGCUCAGACCGAAAUGUUCAUUGGAUUCUGUUGGAUGUUUCUCUCGACUUGUGGAAUGACAGAAGAGGAUAUCAAAAAGUAUGCGGUAAACACGUGGAUCAAGGAAUUAUGGGAAAUGUAUCUGAAAGCUGAAAUGAAUACAUCAUGGACUGCUUACUGUCUUGAUUAUAUUCUUGAAAUGAGCAUGUCCGCACCGGGAGCAUUCGAUUUGAGUCCUUACUACGAUGUGCUGUACACAAAAAUGAUUCGUGGUCUCAACUUGACUGUACGAGAAGGAAAAUUGGAGGUUGGUGAUGGACAAGAGAACGGCUCUUCUGCUCAUUUGGCAGCUCUAUGUGCAUAUACGAUUGGUGGUCCGAACUCGUCACUCGCUCAUUUCCAACGUCUAAUGCGAUAUAUUUCAUUUAACGUUCAUCCACUGAACUUUGGCGAUCACACGAAUCAAAUUAGCUGUUUUCUUGUAUACUUCAUGUCAUCUAUUAAAGAACGAUUGAAUACGGAGCGCUUGAGUUGGAAGAAAAGAAAUUGUUCAAAGGAGUAUUAUUUGAAAGACUCUGAUAUUGAUGAAAUCACCGAGUCGGUUACAGAUCUUGCCAUUAUGCUCAUGUUUAACGACCAAAAUGAUUAUAAGCUGAUCAAACUUCUAACAACUGUUAAUCGCGAAUACGUGGCUCCAAAGUUACUCAAUCAUCUUUAUUCCUCCCUCACCGCAGUUAGUGAACCUCAUCGAUUGACAACUCUUAUUGAAGCAUUCACUUUUUUUGUUUAUGAGAUUAUUCGUACACCAGAUGCAGAGUACCGUACUCCACGUAAUAUAGUCUAUGACUCAAAAUGGUUGAUUUAUAUGGAAGAAGAGCGAAAAUCAUGGCCAACUUUUCAUCUUGGUAGCGAAGUUCCGAUGGUUAAAACCCAUAAAUUCACAAGUCUCCGUGCUCAUGCAUUUUACAUUUUGGAGAUUUUUGUGAAUCAGAUCAAUGUAAAUGAUGUGGAUCGAACAAAAUUUGUGCUCAAGACUUUGGAAAUCUUGUUCUCAUCUUUUCCAUUAAUGGAUUUCUCAGCAGCUAUUAAAUUUCAUGAAGAAAAAAUGUCGAAUGACGAUCGAUUGAUAUGCCUUCUAUCAAAACGUGUACCAUCUCUUGUUGAGCAUACUCUUGAGAAGCUUCUCGAAGUGAUCACUUGCUUGUCAGUCGAAGCACCCAACACUUCCGAUUCAACUGGCGGAGUUAGUUUAUCAUUGGAAUAUCAGAAGCAUGGCGAUGAUGAGAUGGCUUUGACAGGUGGAAUCAGCAGUUUGGUUCGAGUUGUCUUUGAUCGAGUUGAUGAUAAGAUGAGAAAGCGUCUAUUCGACCGACUUUUGGUUUAUAUUUCUACAUCUGAAUUCACAAGCUAUCUGGCAACAGAGACUCUAUCAAUGUUGAUAAGCAGUGCCGUUUGGACAUGUGGAAAAGAAUUCCGACGCUAUGCUGAAUUCAUUCUGAAAAAGUUGAAACUUCUUCUAACAGAAGAAGUGCGCACAUCGAAAACUCCACCUUCGUCCGUAUUGUUUUAUUUUGCACUCUCCAAGUCAUGCUUUGCAGCGACUAAAACUAUGAUUCUGGACAAUGAAUCAUUUUUCUUUGAGAUUAUUGAAAUGUCCCUCAAUUGUGCGAAUAAGACAAUUUAUAAGUGUGGAACUGUCGGAGUGGCAACUCUUUUGUAUGGAUUAUUGAAUAUCACAACAGAUUUUCCAACUAAAACCGAAGAGGAUGUGUUUAUGAAACCAUUUUCCGAGUGGAAUCCAAUUGAGUUUUGGGCGAAAUGUUCUCAUUACAAGGAUACGGUUGUGCAUUGGGCAAUACCUGCAAAAGUUGAGAUCGAAUGUGUUGAACGAAUUGCCAACAAGUUUUUGUUCCCGUACAUUCAGAAGCUGAUGACUGAAGAACAAGAUAGAGACACAUUGCGUCGUAUCACUGAUCAUCUGGACUACAUCAUAAAUAACUUGCCAACUCUAAAACAUCCAACAAAUGUUCAAUGGAUAACGGAUCCAUAUACACCACAUUGUCUCCCAAAAGCGUCGUCAUCUCUUGGAACAUCAUGUGUUCUUGAAUAUGAGCUUAAAAGUACAAAUGGAGAGAAUAUUUGUGAAAUGGUUGUUUCAAUGGUUGAGCAUGUUAUCAUUCAAACCAAAGAUCCUAGUGCCCUUAUAACUCUCUGCUCGAUUGCAAAUAACUGUCUGGGAAUUGUUGAAAAACCAACUGGUGACAUUUUAUCAUUGCUGGAUCCAAUCAUGGCUCUUCUCGUUGAUUCUACCUAUUCGAAAAUUGUGAGAGCAUCUCAGCAUUGCAUGGAUCAGAUUGCAUUUUCGAAGCAUAUUCAAAUCCAAUCGUACCAUCGUUGUGAGACCCGUGGAGCAAAUGAUUUUGAUGCGCGUAUAAUGAAAUGUCUUCUGGAUCUUUCAUUGAAUGACUAUCUUAAAGUUCAGAAAAAAGCAUCAGGAUAUUUGAAAUCCAACUUUUCAAACGUAGUCCAGUGCCGUCACUUGCUUAUUCCAAGAGUGGUAGAAGUGCUCACAGAGCUAGCACCUAAUAACAAGGAUCGACUGGCUGGAGCAAUGGAUCUAACUCUGAAGCUCUACUGGUUCACUUCUUCAAAUCCCAAUAUCCGACUGGUUAUUUGGGAUGCAGUACUUCGUAUACAAGUUAUGGAUAGUGUUGAGAUUUGUGAUCUAUUUGAAUCGAUUCGAAAUGAAAUGAAGGAUGUUUCCACGAAUCCUAUUUAUCGAUUGGCCACCAGGGAAACCCAUGACGAGCGAAACAAGAACAUAGCGGAAGUUGCACGGCUCUUGAUCAAACCAUCAACUCAUUGGACACUUUUUCUCACGAAAGAAGCACUGAAAAAACAAACUGAUACCUGGUCUGACUUUGAAGAAUCGUCUCAUAGUCUUCGAACUAAACUUGUGAAUAAUAUUUUCAAGAAUCAUAUCCGAAAUGCUAAGCAUCAUCAUACUCGCGAGAAAUUGGCACGAACUAUGGUAUAUGCUGCUCAAAGAGAGGCGUGUGAUACUCAAACUAUUAGACUUCUACUUGAGCAGUUGGUUGAUGAAGACUAUAGCUCGAGAAAAGAAGCAAGAGGAACAUUGGCCCACUGGCUCAAGGAGAAUAAGCCGAAAAGUGUGAGGGAAGAUGUGAAGCCACCGAAUCGUGUUGAUCAUGGUGUCAAAUUAGAAAGUGGAAUUCGAGAGGACAAUUUGUGGUUGGUGUAUGAUUCGGAAAACUUACCAAAUACAGAGCAAAAGUGGAAUGAAAUGGUUUUUGUGGAAAAAGAGAAAGGAGCAUGUAGAUGGCCAGAGUCAAUCAGUGUUGUUCGAAAGAGAUCCCAUGGAGAACCACUUGAGUCAAAAAAUCUAUCGGAAUCUGAUAAAAUGAUAAUUGAAUUCUUUUCCCAAUCUAAAUUCCUUUCGAAGCUGUUCAAUUGCCGUCUUAUCGAAAAAGAAGACCAUGAAACACCAAACGAUCAAUUCUGUCGAAUUUUGAAGUAUGUGAUUCGAAAUUAUCCGGAUACCAAGAUUCCAUUGAAAUUAAUGACCGAACACUUGAAAUUGUUGAUGAAAAGUAAGAAGAAAAAUGAGCAACUUCUCGCUGCUGAGAUGUUCAUCGGGAUUGUUCUGGGCAUCAAGCAUCGUCCAUUCUUUGAGUUGAAUGAGUUUUGGAAUGAUCUCAAUCCAAGAUUGGAUCAAUUUUUCAAUAAUUUGACUGCAGAAUCUGGAGAUGCAUGGGGUAGUGCAAUGUUUUCGGUUCUUAAACCAACUUACGAUCUUCGAAAAGUUUGGUGGCUCAUUGAGGCUAUGAUUAAUGGUGCACGCAAGGCAACAACAGCUAAUGAAUUUCAACUGGCAUUCCGCAUCGCGACAAUCCCGUUUAAACGUUGGCGCUACGGAGAGAUCACAAAACGAGUCAACGAUAUUGCUUGGGUCAAACUGCAAUUGGCACUCACGGAUUCAUUGAGAUAUGCCAUUUCCAACGUGUUUUAUUCAUCUAGUAAAGUAUGCGAAACAAGUUCAAAUGCAACGUUAAUAAAUGUUCCAUCGAGAUUCAUUCCUGAUUCAUUGGAUACUACUAUUCAGAAGAUGCUUGAUAAGAUACCUAAACUCAAGCUUGUGAAGGAUCAGAUGAUGAUAAGAUCUUCACUGUCUGAUUCAGCUCUCUGCUCGCCUGCCGAAAAAAAACGUUGUAGAAGAUCAAGUGAUUCAGAGGAUAGUAAAUCAAUGACAUAUUUCCGUGCCCUUCUUGAAACGAUUACUCAACAUUAUGGUUCUUCAACUAAAAGUUGGUCACCAAUUCUUGUUAAGUUACUUCCAAAACUAAUGGAAUAUGCCAAUGAAGAUGACUAUGAUCUGUCAGAAGAAACAUAUCGUGACGUGGAUAUUACUCAGAACUCUGCCCUGAUUAUUCAUGACUACAUGUCAGUUUCAUGGAUCGGAAAUGAGGUUUUGGACGAGAUUGUGGAGACAUUAAAAAAGACUUUCACAUUCCAUUCGGGUUCAUGGCGUGUUCGAUUAGCUGUUAUCAAGUUCGUUCAAGCAUCUGUCUACUCAAAUAUAUUUCCAAUGAGCCAAAAACCUAGACGAGAUAAUAUCGAAAAGCUAUUGUUCUGUGCAAUUUUUGAUGGAGAGAUAUCUGUGCGGAAAGAGGCGGCGAAAUGUCUUCUACUAUUUAUUCAUUGCUCAUAUAUUCAACUUUCGGAUAAAAAAAUCGACGAACUCGCAAAUAUUCUUCACUCAAAAACGGAACCAGAAGUCAUUGCUCAUGGUGCAGCAUUUGCUCUUGGAGCAUUUGUUCUGGCCUUCCCAUUUUCCCUACCAAGCGAGAUUCUAAAGCCGUUGAGAAUUCUAAGUUCAACCAGUUCCAAUAAAGCUGCAGUAAAGCAAACAAUGACUGAGACAGUUCGAGAGUUUCGUCGUCAACAUCGUGAUGAUUGGGAAGACACGAAGAAAGUAUUGGGAGACACACUGGUUUUUGAUAUUGAGAAUGCUACGGCCCCGGCUUAUUAUUCUUAAGAGUGGAUUUUUUAUUGUUUAUGAUGUAUUGUGAUUGAUCUUGAUAGUGCCACAUAUUAUGUAAUGUGGAUUUCGCGAUUUUUGAAAAAAAUUAUUUC